CAGGAUGGAGGAGAAGAAAGAAAACCUAACUGAUUCAGCUCACCUGCCAAACCAGAUUUCUUACCUGUUCCACUGGGACCCCACCUUACUGAAACAUUUCUCAAUCUCCGCCUCAUUCCAGAUUAUUGACGAGUCAGUUGAGAUUCAGCGUUUUCCUCCAAGCCUUCAGUGUUUCUACGACCCUUUCUGCUCACGGAUUGACCCCUCCUGCCCUCUCUGUAUGAUUAUCAUCGAAGUCCCUGGAUGUUGCCUUUUGGACCUCUGCUAGUGCUUCCACAGAAGCCUGUUCAGUCCAGUUGCCUGCACCUCCCUAUCAUCAGACCCUCAGUUCCUCUGCUCCACCCGUCCGCUGCUCCAUAGUGACUAAAACCUGGAAGAUGGAGGUACAUGUGGAGGAACAAAAGGAUAACUCCAGCAGUUCAGCCAACAGGAACAAACCUGAAUCCUCAGACAUAAAAGAUCAGAGUCAGAGAACAGAGUCUCCACAAUCUGACCAUGUAUUAAAGAAAACCAAGUCCAUCCAUGAACCUCUAAAUUUCGGAGAUGAUCUUCAUCCCUUGGACACAAAAGAUCAGAGAUCAGAGUCUCCACAAUCUGACUGUGUAUCUAUGAUGAGUGACAAGUCCAUCCCUGAACCUCCAAAUUUCAGAGAUCAUCCUCAACCCUUGGACACAAAAUCCAGAAGAAGCGACGGACUGCAGAGAGACAGUCAAGGCAGCUCUAUGCCAGUAUCUUUUGGUCUACCUGAUGUUUUAGCGGAACAUAAGAACACUCAAAGGAUGAGAUGUGAAUCUGUGACUGAAGGAAUAGAUGAAGCAGGAAUUACAACCUCUUUCAAGAGGAUCUUCACUGAUCUCUACAUCACAGAGGGACAGAGUACAGAGGUUAAUACCCAGCAUGAGGUGGAGCAGCUGGAGACAGCUUUCAAAAUCCAGGACUUCCUUGACAAACCAAUCAGGUGCCAUGACAUCUUUAAAGCCUUCCCUGACCAAGAUGGACCCAUCAGAGUGGUUCUGACCAUUGGUGUUGCUGGUGUUGGAAAAACCUUCUCAGUGCAGAAGUUCACUCUGGACUGGACAGAAGGCUUGGAGAACCAAGAUGUCAGUGUGGUGGUUCUGCUUUCAUUCAGGGAGCUGAACUUGAUCAGAGAUGAGCAGCACAGUCUUCUCACGCUGCUCCAUGUUUUCCAUCCAACACUCCAGAAGCUCCCAGCAGAGCAGCUGGCUGUCUGCAAACUUCUCUUCAUCUUUGAUGGCUUGGAUGAAAGCAGACUUUCACUGGACUUCAACAACAGUCCGCUGGUUUCUGACGUCACACAGAAGUCAUCAGUCAAUGUUCUGCUGACAAACCUCAUCAAGGGGAACCUGCUUCCCUCGGCUCUCAUCUGGAUAACUUCCAGACCUGCAGCGGCCAAUCAGAUUCCUCCUUCGUGUGUUACCAGGGUAACAGAAGUACGAGGCUUCACCGAUACCCAGAAGGAGGAGUAUUUCAGGAAGAGGUUCAGUGAUGAAGAGCUGUCCAGCAGAAUCAUCUCCCACAUCAAGACCUCCAGGAGCCUCCACAUCAUGUGUGGAAUCCCAGUCUUCUGCUGGAUCACUGCUACAGUUCUGGAGAACAUGUUGACCUCAGAGCAGAGAGGAGAGCUACCCAAGACCAUGACUGACAUGUACUCACACUUCCUGUUAGUCCAGACAAAGAGGAAGAGGUGUCAUGGAGGACAUGAAAUAAAUCCACAGGAGCUGAUGAAGGCUGAAAGGGAAUUUCUUCUGAAGCUGGGGAGGCUUGCAUUUGAUAACUUGGACAAGGGAAAAUUACUGUUUUACCAAGAAGACAUUGAGCAUUGUGGCCUUGAUGCCACAGAGGUCUCAGUGCAUGCGGGGCUUUGUACAGAGAUUUUUAAAAAAGAGAAAGGCAUCCUUGAAAAACCAAUUUACUGUUUUGUUCAUCUGAGUAUUCAGGAGUUUCUAGCUGCAGUUUACAUGUUCAACUGUUUCACAAAGGAAGACACAGAGGUGUUGAACAAAUUCCUAGGAAACACAUCCAGUGAAUUAUCUCUGGUAGACUUCAUGAAAGUAGUUGUAGAGAAGUCACUCAGAAGUGAAAAUGGCCACCUGGACUUGUUUGUUCGCUUCCUUCAUGGUCUCACUGUGGAGUCCAAUAGGAGACUACUGGCAGGUCUGUUGAGUCAGACAGAGAACAAUUCAGAAACCUUUCAGACAAUCAUCAACAAUUUAAAUGAGAUGAACACUGAGGAUAUCUCUACGGACAGAAGUGUCAACAUCUUUCAUUGUUUGAUGGAAAUGAAGGACCUUUCAGUUUAUCAGGAGAUUCAAGAGUUUCUGAAGAAUAAGGAAAGAUCCAGGAAGAAACUGUCUGAGAUCCAUUGCUCUGCUCUGGCCUACAUGCUGCAGAUGUCAGAUGAGGUUCUGGAUGAGCUGGACUUGUGGAAGUACAGAACAUCAGAGGAGGGACGGCGGAGACUGAUUCCAGCUGUGAGGAACUGCCGAAAGGCUCGAUUCCUUAGCUGUGGACUCUCAGAUACUCACUGUGAAGUUUUGACCUCAGCUCUGAAGUCCAAUCCCUCCCAUCUAGCAGAACUGGAGCUGAGCGUUAACGACAGCCUGAGCGACUCUGGACUGGAGAGUCUGUGUGCUGGGCUGGAGAGUCCAAACUGCAGGUUGAAGGCUUUGAGAUUGUUUUAUUGCAGGUUGUCAGAGAUCAGCUGUGCUCGUCUGAUCUCAGCUCUGAAGUCCAAUCCCUCCCAUCUGACAGAACUGGACCUUAGCAGGAACAAAGACCUUGGAGAUGCUGGAGUUAAGCAGAUCUGUGGCUUUUUGGAGAAUCCACUAUGCCAACUACAAACUCUCAGACUGAUUGACUGCAGCUUGUCGGAAAGCAGUUGUUCUUUUUUGGUCUCAGCUUUGAAGUCCAACCCUUCUCAUCUGACAGAGUUGGACCUGAGCUGGAACAAAGACCUGAAAGAUGCUGGUUUGAAGGAGCUCUGUCACUUUCUGCAGCUUCCUCUCUGCAGAAUUCAGACACUAAGAUUGAUAGAGUGCAGUUUGUCUGAGAUCAGCUGUGAUUCUCUGGUCUCUGCUCUGAAGUCCAACCCCUCCCACCUGACAGAACUUGACCUGAGCUACAACAAGUUGGAAGAUCCCAACUUUCAGCCGCUCAUAGAGCUCAUGGAGAGUCCAGAUUAUGAACUUAAAACUCUGCAGUGGAAUUGAAAGAGACGUGACCUGAUGCUCCAUAAAGCAACAAAAGUUUGAACAAACCGACUCAUUCAGAGCAAUUAUGUAUAAUUAAUGAUGUAUUUUGUUCUUGUACGUUUUCCGGUAGACUCAGUCCUGUUCUGUCAUAGUUGGUUAUUAUACCUUAAGGAUUUCUUUGCACAAACUGUUGAAGAACCAUUUAAAAUGUUAAAGGGAAGAUUCUUAUACUCUCUUUUUAUUACACCAAUUGCUACCCUGUUUGUUUUUUGAAUGUUGUUGCCCAGGUUUUAAUUAUCAUUAAAAGUAUAAAACCUGGAUAUGAAUUAAAGAAUAAAACAUUUUUGCUGUCAAAGUUUUACUGUAGG